AUGACGCUGAAUGAGUCAACUGACCUGGGUGUGCUCAGUGCGCCAAGUCCAGGGGAUGGUCGAGUUACGAACAGGUCUUUCAAAGUGCAGGAUGUGUAUGACACUGAUAACACUGGCGCAUGUUGCCGGCAGAACGGAUGCAACCAUUGCAAGAAACAGCUCGAAGACAAGGUUCAGGAACCAACUGUCAAUCAAGUCCAACAGCGAAAGUCAAAGGUCAAGCAGGGACAGAGGUCUGCCUCAGCGCCUGGGUUGGAAGGUGGAGGAUCAGCUGGGGUCGAGCAGGCCUCAGCUGAUCACGCCACUUCAUGGAUGGACCAGAUCAUCAUGCACGUCACGACUUACGGACCAUGCAGCUUGACGGAGCUUGGCAUGCUGGUUCCGAGACCGCCUGGAGAAAGGAGAAAGCUAUCUGAGAGCGUUCGCAGCGAUGCUCGCUUGAGGUUGACGGAGACGCUGGAGGUGUCGCUGAGCAGCUCUGGAGGCAUGAGAGAGGGAGACAGGCAUCGGAUGCUGCAGAGCAUACGGCGAUGCCGGCCAGGCGGAGCUGAGAUCGAAGCCAAACCUCAAGGGAAAGUAGGAGGAGCCCAGCAUGAGGGACAAAUAGGAAGUGGAAUGAAGGAGCUGCAAAGAACAGCCGAGCAAGUGCCAAGAACGGAGUCGGACAAGAAGACUUUUGCUUCGGUCUCAGGGGACAGCAUGGCAAGGGUUGAUGGAGGAGUUGGAAGCAGUGCAGGAGCAGGAGCAGGUGCAGGAGCAGGAGUCUCUGCGAGACUAGCAGGAAGUGGCAAGGAGGGCUUCGCCGGAAAGGUCAUGCUGCAAAGAAUGGAUGUCAGAGGUAGAGGCUACGGUAGCUCAUAUGAAGCAAGGAGAGUGGGAGAAGCAGCUCCCCAACAUGUCAAGAAAUGGACUCACUUUGUUUCGUUGCCGAUCGUUAAUCCAUGCGUCUUGGAGCGAGUUGCCCAGAUCCAGCAGAGGUUUACAGCAGCACACCCGACGAUGAAAGACGGAAUGAGCAAACUUACCAAGCUGCACGUGACCCUUGCUGUAUUAAGAUGUGCCGACGACGAUGCUGUGUCACGAGUACGUCAGGCCCUGCAGGCAAGAGCCCAAGAUAUUGUCGAGUGUAUGAAGGAUAGGAAGGGCACGGCGGUGUGCUGUCUCAAGCUCCAAGGCCUCUCCAUGUUCAGCAACAGGUACCCAGUUCUCUGGAUCAAGGUUCUGCACGAUGGCUUCUUACCAAGCAUCUCAUGUAUCGUGCGUGAGGCCGUGAAGAGCUCUGGAACAGGUGUCACGCUGGAGAUGAAGGCAUCCAAUUUUCACAUAACUAUAUGGAAGAGUAGCAAGAUGGGGGUCCCAAUGGUGGAUUCAUCGACACUUCUGAGUUCACUUGUCUACAAGGAAAAUGCAUGUGCGAAUUUUGGAGAAGAGAAUCUAGUAGCGGUUCAUCUUUGUGCCAUGACCAAGGAAGUGGAGGAAGGAGAGGGACACUUGUACAAGGUGGAUGGUUUCAUCAGAAUUACCUUGUCCUACACCUGUCUGCCUUCAGUCGUCACCUGGAACUCAAACCAUGCAAAAGACUACCAGAAGACCAACAAGUCUGAGCCGUACAAGAUACAAGGGUGA